GUCGUUUCGCUCUUCAACAUACACAUGUGUCCCAGCAGAGGUUCUUGAUUCUCGACGCAGCCAUGUCCGCCAUCCUCUCCGCCGACGAUCUGAAUGACUUCAUCAAUCCCGGUGUCGCGUGCAUUAAGCCGGUCGAGACUCUACCCAAGCAGCAACCUCCGGAGGACUCGGGUGCAUACGAGGUAACUACGGAGGAGAAGGUGAAUGCCAACACUGUUGCGCCGCCGGCGCAGAUCUCCUUGACCGACUGCCUGGCCUGCUCGGGAUGUGUUACAAGCGCGGAGGCUGUACUGGUCUCGCUACAGAGCCACGGAGAAGUUCUGGAUACGUUGGAUCGCUAUAAGGAGUUGAGUAUACCUGCGCAAGAAGAUGGCACAGUGACGCUGGAAGGCACGAGCCAGCAGGAAGAAGGGAAGAUAUUUGUUGCAAGCGUUUCGCCGCAAGCAAGAGCCAGUUUGGCGGCGACCUACAAUGUCACGGAGCGAGAGGCAGGGCACAUGAUCAGUCAGUUGUUGUGUGGACCGCUGGGAGUGAAAAGCGGAGGGCAAAAUGGGUCUGGAUUCGCGUGGGUGCUGGACACGAAUGCGAUGCGCGAGGCGAGCUUGGUCGCUGCAGCCGAUGAGGUCGAGGAAUCACUGGUGACACUCGCAGAAGGACAGAAGAAACCCGUUAUCACAUCAGCGUGCCCAGGAUGGAUAUGCUACGCAGAGAAGACACAUCCUCAUAUCUUGCCGCAUCUGAGCAAGCUCAAGUCACCUCAAGCAUUGACGGGAGUGAUGGUAAAGUCAGUUCUGGCCAAAAAAUUCGGAAUUGCACCGCAGAACGUCUGGCACUUGGCCGUCAUGCCGUGCUUCGAUAAGAAGCUGGAGGCGUCUCGAGGCGAACUCACUUCCCAUUCCUGGCACGGCCAAGACGGAGACUCGGUUCGAGACGUCGACUGCGUGAUUACCGCUCGCGAACUCCUGAUGCUAGCAGAGAGUCGCGAUAUCAGCUUCCCUGCGCUCCCAAAAUCACCGGUUGCCAGGGAGUUCACACCCGCUUUCCCCGACAUCGUCAUGAACGACUAUCUAUUCCGAUCGCCACGCGGACAGAAGCGGAAACGAGAGGAGGGAAUCACAGCCUCCAUCGGUACCAGCGGCGGAUACCUGCACCACAUCCUCAAAACCCAGCAAGCCCGCCACCCUGGAUCCGAAAUCCAGGCCCACCGCGGGCGCAACAGCGAUGUGGCCGAGUACACCCUCGUCGAUCCCACCAGUGGCGAGACCGUCUUCCGCGCCGCCAGGUAUUAUGGCUUCCGCAAUAUCCAGAACCUCGUCCGGCGUCUGAAACCGCCGAAGGCGAGCCGUAUGCCUGGGGCCUCGCGGAAACCGGGUGUUGUCCGGCGAUCGGCUGCUGGGACGACAGGGAGUCCUGCUAGUGCCGCUGCUAGUGGUAAUGGCGCGGACUACGCUUAUGUUGAGGUCAUGGCGUGUCCAGGGGGUUGUACGAACGGAGGUGGACAGAUCAAGGUGGGAGAUGUGGCGACGUUGAGACAGGUUGGUGGGACAGGGAUUGUGAAUGGCAGUGCGGAUCAGGUUGUAUUGCCUGCGCAGAAGGAGUGGUUGGCGAUGGUGGACGAGGCGUACUGGAGUGGUGAAUCAGGGGAAGAUGACGAGGGACCAGAGUGCCGGGAACAGCAGCAGGGAGGUUCACCAGAUGAUCGGGACCCUUCUUCGACCAUGGAUGUGAUUGAUGGGAUUGAUCGACGCACCGUGAGGAGGGUUCUGGCGCAUUGGGCGGAGAUCACAGGCGUGGGACUGGAGACGCUACUGCGAACUACGUACAGGGUCGUGGAGAGUGAUGUCGGCAAAGACAAGCCUGGCGCAGAUGUCGAUCGGGUUAACGCUCUGGCCCAUGCUGCGGGUGGUGGAUGGUGA